CAUGACAUGACGUGAAGGUACGGCACGCUACAAGGAAAUAGGUUUCCUACUUAAGUCCCGAUAAAAUUCUUCAGCACGUGUCAAGUGUGACGGUGUCCGGUUAGUUGACCUGCACAGCGGAGACAAACGUCUUACCCGAGGUAGACCAUGUCUGAGGAGGUUCCACAUGAGGGUGACCAACCCCAAUCCUCCCAGCCUGCCACCCAGUCUCAGGCACAGUCCACCCUGUCCCCAUCACAGGCACUUUCCACUCAGUCUCCGUCCCAGCCCAAGUCCCAGUCCCAGACUGGUUCUAGUUCAUCUAGCGGACCAACCUCAGCCAGCCAGUCGUCCAGUGGCUCUGGGACCCUGAGCAGCUUGGACACCAUUCCUGUCACUCUGGCAUCUGUCCCAGAGGAGCCUGAACCACAACCCUGGGGCCGCCUGCUUCCCAUGGCCCGAGGUUUCAGGAGCCUUGACUGUAUAGAAGACCACUACCUGUUUGGACGUGGUGCAAAGUGUAACUACAUUCUGGAUGAUCCUGAUGAACCAGGAUCCACCAGGGCCAGAAUCUACAGCAAGAGACACUUCAAGAUUUACAGACUGGGCAGUGAGGUCUUUGUGGAGGACUACAGUAAUAAUGGGACUUUUGUUGAUGGGAUACUGAUUGGAAAAGACAAGAAGCUUCCUCUCGUCAACAAUGCUGUCCUUGCUCUGGCUGAGCAACGAAACAAAGUCUUUGUUUUCAUUGACCUGAUGUCUGAUGAUCAGUCCAAUUUACCUAAAGAGCUUCAGGAGAAAUAUCUGCUGACUCGACGCAUUGGCACAGGAGUUUGUGGUGAAGUAAGACUGGCCUUUGAGAGAGGGAGCUGUAACAAAUUUGCAGUGAAAGUAAUAAACAAGAGCAACUUUAAGUCUGAAGGGACAGCAACCAGAAAUGCACAGACUGAGAUAGAGAUUCUACAAAGAAUAAAUCAUCCAUGUCUCAUGAAGACAUGGGACUUCUACCAGACAGAGGACAGUUACUUCAUCGUGUUGGAGCUAAUGGAGGGAGGUGAACUCUUUCAAAGAGUGAAGUCUCAGCAGCAGCUUAAAGAAUCUGUGGCAAAGCUUUACUUCUACCAGAUGCUGCGAGCAGUGCAGUAUCUCCACAGUAAUGGAAUCAUCCACAGGGACCUGAAACCAGAGAACAUUCUACUGUCCUCGAAUGAGGACAUCUGUCUCAUCAAGGUGACAGACUUUAACCAGUCCAGAAUCCUGGAACAGGCCGUGUUGAUGAGGACACUGUGUGGGACUCCAUCUUACCUUGCCCCUGAAGUCUUCACCCAGGCAUCUACCACAGGAUAUGGUAUUGCUGUGGACGCCUGGAGCCUUGGAGUCCUCCUGUUCGUCUGUUUGGGUGGUUACCCUCCAUUCCAUGAGAAAUUUGGACAACACUCUGUCACAGAUCAGAUCAUCAGAGGUGAAUUCACCAUGGUUCAGUCCAAGUGGAGAUGUAUCUCUGAUCAAGCCAAAGAUGUGGUGAGGAAGCUGCUCGUCGUCGAUCCCAAUAAGAGGAUGACCAUACAAGAAGCUCUGCAGCACCCGUGGUUACAGGAUCCUGAGAUGAUUGAGACGGCUCAUAGACUCAUGUACCCCGAUGGAGACGCCCCCUCUGCAGAGGCUGCCACAGGAGACAACAGCGCUUCUUCCAUGGAGGUGGAGUCACACUCCACUGGGAGGAAACGAGGACGAGAUGAAGAAGAUGAGAGGGAAGAGGAUCAUCCUGCCAAACGAAGCCAGCCCCCACCUGCUCACUUACUGUAGUGGACCAAUCUGGUUCAGCCAUUGCUCAGGUCAUGUGAUUCCCUGACUCACUACUGAGAGACUUGUGUAAAUAAAGUUUCUAAUGUUUUCUAGUAAA